CUCUGUGUCUGAUCAUUGUCUCUACCUGUAUAAAUUUUUUUUGGUUGGAAGAAAAUGGAAGAUACCCAUUUGUCCGAUAUCCAAAUGUUAAUUAUUUCUAGUUAUUUGAACAUUUCGCAGUGUUAAAAUCUAUAAAAACUAACCAAGCUAAUUAUUUUUAGGCAUGGAAGACAUAAUAAAAUAGUGAAACAUGGAUGGAGAAUUUUCCCUCCACUGGGAGGAUGAAGUGGUGAAGGAAGAAGCGGUAGUUGAAACUGAGCAAGUAAUUCUCGGUGAUAUCUCAGAUACUCAGUAUACAACAAUGACAUCAGAGGAAAUGAUUGAGCACACAGAUCAAAUGGCAGCAGAGAAUCUUAUGUACUUAUCCCAGGACAUAGUAAACUACACGGAGGCCGCUGAAAUUGAUCCCAGUGUCGAGUGUGUCACAGAAGAGGUUGUAACUGACGACUGGGUCAUAUCUGGAGGGCAGGAAAGAGUGGAAGUCCCAUUGGAGCAUUUGGUCAAUCCUGUUUCUAAUGCAAAUGAAGAAAAUAACAUUGAUGAUGUUCCUCUACCAACUGAUCAGGACGAGUACACAGCAAUGCGACCCUGGCCUUGCGAUUUCUGUUCGAGAAGGUUCCGCAAGAAGGCGGCCCUCAUGAACCACAUGGUGGCCCAUCAGAACGAUCGGCCGCACGCGUGCAAUCUUUGCGGAGUGCGGUACGUGCGCAAGUGCGAUCUCAUGAACCAUCUGAAGGUGCACGCCUUCGUUCCUGAUUCCCACGAUCCUGUUGAUUAUGAACAAUUGUUAGAGGAAGAGAGAGUUAUUAAACCAAAGAAAAAAAGGGGACGGCGGAAAAAGAAUCCAGAACCAGUUGAGAACGGUGUGUGGGAGAAUAUGACGUCGGCUCGGACGCAGCAGUGGUCGCGGCGUCGCUCCGGCGCCCGACCCGCGGCCGCGUCCCCGCCGCCGCCCCCCGCGCCCGCCUCGCCCCCCACGCCGCCCACGCCCCCGCCACCCGCCGACCCUUCGCGGCCUUUCGUCUGUGGACAUUGCGGUGUUGGAUUCGCGAGGGAGAAGGCGCUGCAGUCGCAUUCGCGGAUCCACGGCGGUGACUCCCCCAUAGAGUGCGGCGAAUGCGGCGAGCUGUGCUGGUCGCGCGACGGGCUCGCGUCGCACGCGGCGCUGCGGCACCCGCACCUGCCGCCGCGCUCGCAGCCCGCCCCCGCCUACGGGGACUCCGACUCAGAUGACGACAUGGAUUACCAGCUGUCUCCCGUGGAACAGCAGAGCUCUGGAGAGCGACCGGUGAUAGAGAACGUGCGAGGACCUUCGCUGUUCUGUCAGCACUGCGGAGUCGCCUUCCAGAGGGCAGACCUUCUGAGGAGACACGUGGCUGCUGCUCAUAGUUACAAGCGGCACGACAGCACGAGCAGCACGUGGGGCGAGCACACGUGCGACGUGUGCGGGGAGACGUGCUCCGACGCGCUCCAGCUGCUCGCGCACGCCGAGCUGCACACGUCCCGCCCGCGCGCCCCGCCCUCCGCCAGAUUGAAAAAGGUGUCUCGAGGACGAAAUAACAGCGUGUCGUCAAGCAGCUCGCGGCAGUUUCCGUGCAAGGAAUGCGGCAAAGUGUUUGGAUCCCGAAGUUCUCAACAGAUUCAUGUCCGGAUACACACGGGCGAGCGGCCGUACGCGUGCCGCUUCUGCUGGAAAGCCUUCGCGGACGGCGGCACGCUGCGGAAGCACGAACGCAUACACACUGGGGAGAAGCCGUACGCGUGCGCGGUGUGCCCGCGCGCCUUCAACCAGCGCGUGGUGCUGCGCGAGCACGUGCGCUCGCACCACUCCGCGCCCGACCGCCGCAACGGUUGUCCAACGUAUUCGUGCGUAGUGUGCGAACAGACACUACUGACGAGUGCAGAUCUAGUACAACAUUUGAUACAGCAUUGUGACGUCAACACCGCUCUCAAGAGACAACCGCAGGCCGGUCCUCGCAAAUACAAGCGGCGGCGGAAAGUGAAGGCGGAGCGGUGGUCGCGGUCGCGGUCCCCCACGCCCGUGUCGUCCCCGGCCGCGUCCCCCGCCCGCUCCCCCGCCGGCUCCCCCGCGCGCUCCCCCGCCGCGUCCCCCGCCGGCUCGCCCGCCGCGUCCCCGCCGCGACGCCGCCGCCGCCCCCGCGCGCCCCCGCCGAGGCCUAAAAUGAUACACACGGAGGAAACUACCAGGCCGAGGACUAAGCAAGUGCGACCUCAGGUCCGAUCACGUCGACCGCCGCGGCACCCGGCAGACGAUCUGCGAGCGAUCCGCACGCAACCACUCCGCCGCCGCUCCCCCACGCGAUCCCCAACUCGUUCCCCCUCCUACUCCCGCUCACCCGAACAAAAAAUAACACCUAAAACAGAACCACCGAACGUGGCGGACUACCACGUGAAAAGAGAACGAACCCCCUCCCCCCACAGCGAUCCCGACGGACCGUACAAGUGCGAGAUGUGCUCCCUAGAGUUCCCGAGGCGUGACGCGUUACUACUCCACGUGCCAGUCCACAUUUGACAGCCGCCCGGUGCGGACGCAAAUAAAGCAACCGCGACCAAACGACGAAAAACGAAACGUUAAUAGUUAUAGUAGCCAUACGCGUUUCGAUAUACAAUUCGGUAAAUAUAUAAGUUUAUAAACGCGAUAUGUACGUGCGAUACGAAGGUUUUAUACUUUUCUGUGUGGCUAUUAAUUGCUCAGAUUUUUACUAUAAAGAAAAGGUUAACGCAAAGUUAUGUCAUUAUGUUAUACGUAGGUACAAGUAAAAAUUCGCACAUGAAUAUCUAUCGUUUCGCGUAUGGCAAACAUAAAAACGUUUUAUGCCGCGUAACAAACUAUUUGUUGAAUAGUCCGAUUAUGAAUUUAUUGAUGUAAGACUUUAGUAUAGUUGUAUAAGAUGAGCCCAAUUCCUGGUGAUAUGUAUGAGUUCAAAUUGUUACGAGGUAGAAGAAGAGGUAGAAGAAUCUCUAUCAAUCGUGGAAAUUGGCAAGUAGGGAAUGUAAUUUAAAUUUAGAAAAGUGUAUGUCUAUCAGACUUAUACUGAUGUAUGGAGAAGAAGCCAAAGCUUCUUUGGUCAAAUCCUGUUAAUAAUUUAAUGGAUCAUACCUCUGAAGGGGACACUAAAUAAAGGCCUGAUAAUGUAAAUAAUUGAAUAUAGAGCUGACUUGCUAAAAAGUUUAUGGAAAUGCUUACAGUUAUGUAGAAAUGUAGAUAGCCAGUUAUGGAAGUGUUUAACUGUAUAUAAAACUAUUGAUUAGAUGUGUGUGCGUUUGUAAUGUUGAGCCUUGUAUACAAUUUCUGCAUUUGUGAUAGUUGUAUGAUUUAUUUAUAUGAAUAAAAUGAUGGAGGCUAAGAAAACUUUGUGCUGUAUAUGGCUAAAAUAUUUUGUACUUGUGGUUCUCCUCUGUGUUUUCUUUUUCUAUCACUUUUUAUUACACGAUACUUUCAAACCAUAAGGGCGGUCAUUUUAUUGUUAUUUAUUAGUUGAGACACGCUAAUUAACCAAAUAAUCAGAAGUCCCAUGCCACCACUAUGUACAGUCUUGAAUGUAUUGUUUGUGUCUCAUCACUAAGACUUGAGUAUGAUUGUAUCUUAAUUUUACUAAUUGACUGAGUUAUCGGUUAGUAUUCUGUAUUUUAGUAGCAUAUUAUAUGUAAAUGAUGUGUAUUUAGUAAUGUAUAUUCGAGGUUCCACACACUUCGCGCCUUGUAAAUACGUCGUUCGACAUCUAGACGCGGCUCAUGCUAAAAACAUUCAUUCAUAUAAUCACGUCUAUAUCCCUUGCGGGUUAGAUAUAACUAGCUGUCAUGAAAGACUGACAGGCCACGUUCAGCUGAUCGGCUUAAUGAUAGAAACAAAAAAUAUCUAUUUCGAAAAAUGUCCCCUGGUCGCAAAAUGAGUCUUACGCAAAAUAUGCGCCAGGGACUUGGAAUAAAAUUUUAUAUAAUUCAUUUAUUAUUAUAGUAGGUACCUAGUAUUAGCUAGCCAUUAUUUAGAACACUAUAAUUAAAUUUUAUUAACAUAAAUAAUAAUGCUGUUAAAAUAAAAUAACAAUAGGCAAUGAUGUUUCUGGAGCGUCAUUUUGCGUAAGAGACAUUUUGCGAAAAAUACAUUCUGCGAAACAGACAUUUUGAGCAUGAGCCAUUGACGCAAAGUAUGUCUGCGAUCCAAAAAACAUCAUAUACCAACAACCUUUUUUGUUGCGCCUACUACUACUUAAAUACUAACCAUACAAGGGUACGUGCGACGCUGUGAAUGCUACUAACUUCUUGUUGAAUGGCGAAAAGAGUAAGACGAAAAGUGUAAGUGGACCCUUAUUGUUUAUAAUUUUUCUUGGUUUUGUAAAAAUGCUAUUCUGAAGUCCUUUCUCACGAGAAGAAUCAGUGGGAAUUACUGAUAGGGGAUUAGACGGGGUCACUGUUUAUGCGUAUAUGUAUUGUUAUAAAAUUAUUUUAAAGUAUCAUAUAAAUAUGUUAAAAAUUGAUCCAGUUUCAGAAAUAAGGUUCUUCAACCUGUUUAAGUAAAUUAUAAAUCGUCAAGAAUGUAUUAUGCCCUUAACAUAUUAUUUAGCAGGCUGUGUUGUAAUAAAAAUGUAUGUUUAAUCACAAUAAUAUGAGGUUUGUUUGGGUUCUGAAUGAAUUCUCAAAAGCAUAUUUAUCUGAAAAAUAAACAUUCCUAAAAUAAUGUAAUAACGGCCUCUUUGGCGUAGCGGUAGCGAGCCUGUGACGUAUGUCCGAGUUCGAAUCCCGCCCAGCGGGACUAGCAUGGUACGCGUACCAAAGUUUAUCGCGCGAUAAACUUUGGUACGCGUACCGUACCAAGCUAUUUCGCUUCUGAAUAUGAUGUGAACGAUACAGCGGUAAUUCAUCUCGCGGUAUAAAAAUACGACGUCAACGCGUGCCAUACUAGCCCCGCAGAAAAUGAAGAAAAUAUUUUUUAUUUUCAAAUAUCUAAUAUCGUCACAGUAUAAUAAAUAGUACUAUAGGUAUCGUUAAAUUAGAAGGUAUCCCGGAACACAAGUCUCAUGCUUUGGAACUAAUGCAAUCCAUCGCAAGGACGUAAUUUAUUACUUUCCAAAUAUUGUAUGUAGCAUGUUCUAACAAGAUACUUGCCAUGGAGUUUCAUACAGAAGUGUAAGCUUUUAUAAUUUUUUAGAUAUUUUAUUAAUCUACUUUAAUCGGGUAAUUUUAAUCUUGUUUGCAAGUGGUAAGGGCUUCCAGAAAAUAAAAUAAUAAUAUAUUUUACUUCUGUAAAAUUUUAUUUUGCAUUGUAUGGUCAAACUGUAAGUACACAUCACCAACAGCUAUGUAAAUAUUAUCGUAUUUUAAUAAAAGCAGUUCCAGA